GAGUCCGCACGUCGCGAACCCUCACUUGCGUCUCUCUCAGUCGCUCUAUCAUUUCCGCUGUAUCUUACGUUUUCUUCGUCUCCAAGAUCUCCGGCGUACGGACGCCUGGCGAGGUCCAGGGUUCCGGCUAGGAUUGAGCGUCGUCAGCCAUGGGAUCGACCUUGCUUUCAGAUCUCGCGACGGAGAUAGUUAUUCCCGUGUGUGCUUGUGUUGGAAUCGUGUUUGCUCUCAUCCAGUGGUUGCUGGUUUCGUACGUGAAACUUAGUCACGAACCUCACCCUGCUCGGAACAACAACAAGAAUGGCUACGGAGACUAUUUGAUUGAGGAAGAGGAGGGCAUCAAUGAACAGAGCGUCGUCGUUAAGUGUGCCGAAAUACAGAGUGCUAUCUCUGAAGGUGCCACAUCUUUUCUCUAUACUGAAUAUAAAUAUGUUGGGAUCUUCAUGACUGCUUUUGCGGUUUUAAUCUUUCUCUUCCUGGGUUCUGUGGAGAGCUUUAGCACAAAGAGCCAGCCUUGUACUUACAGCCCACAUAAGCUAUGCAAGCCAGCCCUUGCCACAGCUGCUUUCAGUACUCUGUCCUUCGUACUUGGCGCUGUCACUUCAGUAGUUUCUGGUUUCCUUGGCAUGAAAAUUGCUACAUACGCAAAUGCAAGGACAACCUUAGAAGCAAGAAAGGGUGUUGGAAAGGCUUUUAUUGUUGCAUUCCGGUCUGGUGCGGUAAUGGGUUUUCUCCUUGCUGCAAAUGGUCUCUUGGUGCUUUACAUUGUUAUUAAUCUCUUCAAGCUGUACUAUGGUGAUGACUGGGAAGGCCUUUUUGAGGCUAUUACUGGUUAUGGUCUUGGUGGUUCUUCCAUGGCUCUCUUUGGGAGAGUUGGCGGUGGUAUCUAUACUAAGGCUGCUGAUGUUGGAGCUGAUCUUGUGGGCAAAGUAGAAAGAAACAUUCCAGAAGACGACCCAAGAAAUCCUGCUGUGAUUGCUGACAAUGUUGGUGACAAUGUUGGGGAUAUUGCUGGAAUGGGGUCUGAUCUUUUUGGCUCAUAUGCUGAAUCAUCUUGUGCAGCUCUUGUUGUUGCUUCCAUAUCAUCCUUUGGAAUUCAUCAUGAUUUCACUGCAAUGUGUUAUCCUUUGCUUAUUAGUUCCAUGGGUAUUCUUGUUUGUUUGGUCACCACCCUUUUUGCAACUGAUUUCUUUGAAAUCAAGGCUGUUAAGGAAAUUGAACCAUCAUUGAAGAAACAACUUAUUAUUUCCACCAUUCUUAUGACUGUGGGAAUUGGAAUUGUUAGCUGGAUUGCCCUUCCACCAUCAUUCACAAUCUUCAAUUUUGGUACUCAGAAGGCUGUUAAGAACUGGCAGCUGUUCCUGUGUGUGGCUGUUGGUCUUUGGGCUGGACUUAUUAUUGGGUUUGUGACUGAGUAUUACACCAGCAAUGCAUACAGCCCCGUACAAGAUGUUGCAGAUUCCUGCAGGACUGGAGCUGCCACCAAUGUUAUAUUUGGACUUGCCUUGGGAUACAAGUCUGUCAUCAUUCCUAUUUUUGCCAUUGCAAUCAGUAUUUUUGUUAGUUUCAGCUUUGCAGCCAUGUAUGGUAUUGCUGUGGCAGCUCUUGGAAUGCUAAGCACCAUUGCUACUGGAUUGGCCAUUGAUGCUUAUGGCCCCAUCAGUGACAAUGCUGGAGGCAUUGCUGAGAUGGCCGGCAUGAGCCACCGUAUCCGUGAGAGAACUGAUGCCCUUGAUGCUGCAGGUAACACCACUGCAGCUAUAGGAAAGGGAUUUGCCAUUGGAUCUGCUGCACUGGUGUCUUUGGCGCUGUUCGGUGCCUUUGUGAGUCGUGCUGGGAUUUCAACAGUUGAUGUCUUGACCCCAAAGGUCUUCAUUGGUUUGAUUGUUGGUGCAAUGCUUCCAUACUGGUUCUCUGCCAUGACAAUGAAGAGUGUUGGAAGUGCAGCUUUAAAGAUGGUUGAGGAGGUCCGAAGGCAGUUCAACACCAUUCCGGGUAUCAUGGAGGGCCAUACUAAGCCUGACUAUGCCACUUGUGUUAAGAUCUCUACUGAUGCAUCCAUCAAGGAGAUGAUUCCACCUGGUGCACUUGUCAUGCUGACCCCCCUCAUUGUUGGAACCUUCUUUGGGGUGGAGACUCUUUCUGGCGUCCUUGCAGGCGCCCUUGUGUCAGGUGUCCAGAUUGCAAUCUCUGCAUCAAACACAGGUGGAGCAUGGGAUAAUGCCAAGAAGUAUAUUGAGGCUGGUGCUUCAGAGCAUGCAAGGACCCUCGGGCCAAAGGGAUCAGAGCCACACAAGGCAGCUGUGAUUGGUGACACGAUUGGGGAUCCACUCAAGGACACCUCAGGCCCAUCCCUCAACAUCCUCAUCAAGCUCAUGGCAGUGGAAUCACUUGUGUUUGCUCCCUUUUUUGCCACUCACGGUGGUCUGCUGUUCAAGAUCUUCUAAGGGAUGGAGGGGGAUGGCCCGAAAUACAUGGGGAGAAAAUAGGUGUGGGUCACCAACUUUUCUUUUUCCCUCUACACCAAUGUCAUAUUUCAUCUCACCGGUCCUCUUUUGACAUCCAUCUUUUUUCAUGUGUAGGCUUGGGAUCUUUAAGUUAGUUUUCUAGUUGGUGAAUAUUAUUUUUGAUGGGCUGAUGGAGGAUGACGACGACGACAACUACAAUGAUUAGGAAGGCAAGAAUGCUGAUGAGAAUAGUCAUUCUUGACAAAAAGGAGUGGAGAUGGUAAGCGAUGACCUUUGUUUCAAACAUUUCUAGAAUUCCAAAUUUUCAUGUAACGUCAUUUCCAAAAUUUCUUGUAACUGUCCUCUUUUUCCGUUAAAGCAAAGAGAUCAUUUUGGACAAA